UUAAAUACAAUUAUCGGUAGGCCUACAUGUGUAAACAAUGUAUUUGCUCUCGUCAGUGUUGAGUUCAGGAAUCUGACAUGUUGGUGAGUUAUUAUCACUAGUAGGCUAUGUUAGCGGUCUCGUGAUAGUUAGAGAGGAUUUUAAAUGGGCGCUAUGUUACUCUCCGUUUUGUUCGUGUUUUAUUUCGCGUUGGUUUUACCUUCAUCUGAAGUACAUCAGAGCGGCUGUAUUAAGGUAAAUCAGUGUAAGUGUUUGAUGCUGGACGGUUCAGGACUCAUCGAUCUGGGUUCAGUGCCAGACCAGGACGGGUUUAUACAGCGACUUGAACCCGUGACACCCGCGCCACCGGGAAACACAGAGGUGCUCGUGUCAUUCAGCCCGUGCGCGCCGUUCACUGAGCCUAAAGAUUUCACUGUCACCCACUGUACUGAUGUGGCUGUCUGUGUCAUCACACGAUUUCAUCAGGACAACAGAUAUAUCAGUCACUAUGUGAACUAUGGCAGACAUGAAGGAAACCGAUUCAGCUAUAAUGAUUCAGAGAAGAUUCUCUCUGUCUACUAUUACAGUUAUUCUCACAGUGAUCCUCAAACUGUUGUUCACUACCAAUGCAGUCUGAGUCGGUCUACACGCAUUCAGAGGUUCAGUUUGGACGCGCCCCUGCAGAUCUGGGUGAAGAGUCCUUGUGUGUGUCCCAAUGCCUGUACACUGGUGGAUGUGGGUCCUGGCACCAUCUUCCUCAUCAUCCUCUGCCUCAGUGUAACAGCUUACUUUGUUAUAGGAUCUUGUGGUCUGCGGGCAUUCAGGAGCACUAAUGGCAUGCAGAUGGCUCCAGAGGACAGUGUUUGGUGUAUGCUCUGUUACAAACUCAAUGACCGGCCUCGUGUCAGUCCAAAGAAAAAAUUAUUCAAAGGAAGAGAGUACACUACGAUCGAACAAGGUCCAGCGAGGAGUCUGGACACAUCAUAUAGCUCCUCCAAAUCUUUUUUGGUUUAAUCUAACCAAAAUUCGGUGGAAAACUGAGAUAUCCUCUGAAAAGUCUUUAAAUCAAGUUUUAAAGGAAAACACCACAGUUUUUCAAUAUUUUACUAUGU